GCUGCAUAUAAUUACACAUUUUCAAAACGUUGCGUUUCAAAAUAAGACGGCUUGGAUGGUUCUGCUUGUGCUGCGCAUCUUGGCUUCUUAUCCUUUUUUGCUGUGAACUUGACCAAUCGCUGGACUUCCCUGGAGAAGAAAACCAAAAUGUAUGCUGUUGGGUUGCAAAGAAUCCCUUUUGCUGCCUCUUUCCCUCUCCACCAAGCAAGAUUUGGGGUUAAAUGCUCUUCCUCUUCUUUUGGUGCCACGGAUACAUUACCUGCCUGAAAUAAGUUUGAUAACCAAUCAAUUCAUUGUAAUGGGCCAUAUAUCAUUUAUCAGAGAUGUAGCUGUGACCCAACCUCCUGAGAAUCUCCAGUAUUUGUUGAAAAUGCUUCAAACUAGAGGUGAAACGAUCAUUUCUCCUGGAUCUAGGCAAGGAUUAAUCCCCCUUGUUAUUCCUUUAUCAGCGAACCUCUCAGGUGCUGUAACUGCAUUACUACGCUGGCCAACAGCUCCAGCUGGAAUGGAGAUGCCAGUUGUGGAAGUUCGCAAGCAUGGGGUGUGGCUUUUAGCCAAGAAUGUUGAUCAGUAUAUUCACAGAAUUCUGGUUGAAGAAGAUGCUAAGAAUUUAAGUGAAAGUAACGGUGCGCUAUUUCAUGCUUCAUCAGAAGCUGGGAAAAAACUUUACAGAAGGGGUGGUUUUGCUGAAUCUCAGAUAUCUAAUGUUGACAUUUACCUUUUGAAAGAGGUUGGGCUGUUCCCAGAUGUCUUAGAGCGUAAAGUGAAGCGUCAUUUUGAGCAAGGAGAUCAAGUUUCAGCAAUGGUGACGGGAGAGUUUUAUACCAAGAAGGAUCUUUUUCCAGGAUUUGGGCGGCCUUACGUGUUUAAUGCAGAAGUUUUGAUGAAAGUUGGGCGUAUCUCAGAAUCCAAAGAUGCUGCAAGGGUUGCUUUGAAAUCCCCUUGGUGGACUCUAGGUUGUGAAUAUCAGGAAGUUGCUACCAUUGCACAUUGGGAGGAUGAGCAAAUUGAAUAUAUGGAGGAGAAGGUGACAGAAGAGGGAAGACAAGAAGAUCUUAAGAAAGGAAAGGCGCCUGCUCAGAUUGCAUUGGAUGAGGCUGCAUUUUUGUUGGACUUGGCUUCUAUUGAAGGAUCAUGGGACAAUUGUUUGGAGCGCGUCGCUGAAUGCUACAAGGAGGCCGGACUCAAUGAAAUUGCAAGAUUUGUUUUGUAUAGAGAUUGAAAAGCGACUCACUUUAGUGUUGCAAUGGUACAAUCUAUGCGUCACAAGUUCAAUUCUUGGAAACUACGAGCGUCUUGCGCACAAGAGUUGUUUACCUAGUAGGAGAUGAGAAGUAUUAUUUGAGUUAUUGUUUCUGCUUGAGUUGGAUUCAAGAGAAAGAAAUUGGGAAUAAUCUAUAAGUUAAUGCUCAUUUGAUGCAUUUCUAUUUG